AUGCAGGAUCAGAAAGAGUUUUUUCAUUUUGUUGAAACGUUGCAUGCUGAAAAUAAUAAACAUAACCAGGUCAUUGGUUCUGGGGUUUAUUUGUACAGUUUCAAGUUUAAUCCUAAUAUUUCUCAAGAAUUUUAUGAGGGGUAUUUAUAUUUUGAACGUGACGGCCAAAAAGUCCAGAAUGUGGCGUUUGUAAAAGUUGUUGGAGAACAUGCUGAUGUGAAGGCAAUAGAAGUAUUUCAUAGGACUCGUACAGCUAUUGACGAUGUUGUUUUACGGCCGUGGACGUAUUUGUUCUCCCAACAAAAGGACUUUUCCGAAUUGCCUCAUGAUACAGAGUUGAGGAAGGGAAUAUGGAGUCUAUGUUAUGAUCGCUUCGAACACAAUCUUAAAGAUUGGACGAAGCUGGCGAAGCCAAAGCCCAAGGGAAUUGCUUAUAAUGAUAAGCUUAAACUACCUAUCAAGACUUGCGAUGGUCGUCUUAAUGACUUUUGGCGUGAUUCUAUAAGUGAGUUGAUUUCUGGUGUAGGUCGCAUCCAUUCUAAGGGGUUAUAUCAUGGUAAGUUGCGUUUGCGGAGUAACUAUGUAUUUAUUAACGAAUGUAUGAAGAUAAUCAACGUUGAGGGAUCUUUGGAUGAGUUAAAAAGUGAUGAUGAACGAUGUACAGAGAAGAAAAAAGAUAUUUUUGACAUUUUCUGGAUGUUGGACCAAGUGUUCCAAUCGUUAGGGGAGAACAAAAAUAAUUGGUUGGAAUGUCGCCACUUCUUUGAGUUCGUCAAAGAUUCUAGGACUUUGAAGCUGCGCUAUGAUGAUUUUAUCAAAAAAGUGGCGGGUCAUCCGUUUUUGUUAAGCGCUGAUAAAAGGAUAAAUCUCUUUGACGAUUAUGAGUGUAAAAGAACGGAUGAAACUACUGGGGAAGAUAUAAAAUUAGUUUUGGGAUCAUCUGAAUUUGAUACGUUUAAAUCCUGGAACAAUGCUUUCCUUGCUUCAACCGGUACUAGUACUAACGUGGACAACUUUAUGUUGGGCGUUUAUAACCAUGGAAAAUACUCUGGCGAUGUGGAGGAUCUUCUUAGGUACCUUAGGAAUCUAAAGCAUCAUUAUCAUCAACAUGGUUUGGCUGCUGGUUCUAUGGUAGAUGUGGAUCGUGGUCUUAGCAAACAUUUUGGUGGGUUUUUGGAGUUGCUUUACAAGAAGUUAGAAGUAUAG